AUGGCGCCCACAUUACCGUCGGAAUUGCCAGUGUAUGCCGAUCAAGUUACGGAUAUUGGUUCCUUUGCUAAUCUACUAACAGAGCUCUCAAAGUUUGAGAACCACUGCCACCUGAGGACCGAGGAAAUUAUUGAGGGAGUCCGUUACGAACUCAAAAAGUUCAGACAAGAGUUUAACACCCAAUCCAUCGCCUCUCAACCACCAUUUACCUCUUACGCAGCAGUAGCUUCUAAAUCAAAAUUUGUUCCUGCACCCAAAGUCAAAUCCAAUCCGGCACUGAUCAUUAGCUCCACAGAAGAAGGCUCUACCAAUUCCCACGAGGUGGUGAGUAAGUGGAAGGAGAAUAUCUCUUUUCGUCAACUCGGCUACGCCCCGUGCAAAAUUCAGCCCAUCUCCAAGGGUAGAGUGAGAGUCGAGUUUGAUAGCCCGCAACACUGCAAAGAAACUAUUGAGCGGACUAAAUCGAUCCAGGGAUUAGCGGCCCAGGAGGAAAAACUUAAACGCCCACUGCUCAUACUCAAGGGCAUCAGCAAGUCUAUUGCUCGUGAGGAACAGAUAGAAAUAGUUUGCUCACAGAAUUCCAUUCAGGAAAGUAACAUUAGAUUGUGCUUCCUCACUAGCAAUCGUAACAGUAAUUUAUACAACGCCGUGGUUGAGGUAUCCCCUGACGUCAGGUCUACUAUCGUCUCUCUAGGCCGUGUUAACGUCGAGCACCAGAGAGUUCACGCGGAGGAUUUCUCUAGGUUCCUGCAGUGUUUUCUCUGCCUCCAAUUCGGCCACACUCGGGCCAAGUGCACAGCAUUUGAGGCCCUUGAUAAUAACCAGAUUCACGACGCGGUAACUCAGCUCACCAAGGAUAUACACGCUGCUUGCAGGCGCAAUAUUCCCAAAAGGACAGGUAAUCGAGACUCUAACCCCUGGUGGAACGCCGAGCUAGAGGCCCUAAAGAAACAGUGUAUAAAACUUCAUCACCGCAUACAUGACUUGUCUGUGACGGGUAAACCCCUCGGCAGCACACUCGACGAAUACCGAGCUCUUAAAGCUGAAUAUGCUAAGAAGAUAUCCUUUGCAUCUACCCAACAUUUCAAAGAGUUUUGUAGUGCUCAAGGUAAGGAGGAUGUCUGGGCGAUAACCAACCGACUGAUGAAAUAUAGCAAUAACUUCCGGUCCCCUCCGCAAACUGUAAGAAUAGGCCAAAUACACACCGAUUCAUGCGCCACUACUGCCGCCGCUCUCUUAAAUCACUACUUCCCGGAUGAUGGUCCAGAUACUUCUGUUCAACAGCGCCUGCUUAGAGCCGAAGCCAAUAAUAUCCCUGACACUGAUGAGGACAUACCCUUCACCCGUGAAGAGGUAGAGGAAUGCCUGGCUUCAAUCUCACCUAAUAAAGCUCCCGGUAAUGACUCCCUGACUUCCGAUAUCUGUUUACACGUGUUUAAAGCCAUCCCAAUGGUAAUAUUGGGCAUCCUAAACCGAUGCCUACAAAUCGGGUACUUUCCUGAAAAUUGGAAGGAUGCCCAUAUUAAGAUUAUCCCCAAGCCUGACAAAAUUGAUUCGAAUGACGUAUCAGCUUUCCGUCCAAUCGGUCUUUUGCCAGUAUUUGGAAAGUUACUAGAAAAACUUUUUAUCAAUAGGAUUAACUUUCAUAUACAUCAGUUAGGAUUGGACAAUCCACGGCAAUUUGGAUUCAAACCGCUUACAUCGACAACAGAUGCACUACAACAUGCUAUAAAUUGCAUUACUGAAGCGCAGUCUGCUGGAGAUCAAGUGGUGGCCGUGUCGCUGGAUAUAAGAGCAGCCUUUGAUAAUGCCUGGUGGCCCGCUUUGUUCUCCAGGUUAAAACGUAUAAAUUGCCCUAGGAACUUGUACAACCUCGUCCUUAAUUACACUAAGGACCGUAGAGUAAUACUUGAUUACGGCACAGCCACAAUCCAAAAAAAUAUGUCAAAAGGUUGUAUACAGGGCUCUGCUUGUGGUCCUUCUUUAUGGAACCUAAUUCUUGACGGACUUUUUGAUGUUCCUUUGCCUGAGGGAUGUGAUGUGCAAGCUUUUGCUGACGAUGUGCUGCUUAUUGUCCGGGGCUGCACAGUGGACGAAAUCGAGACCCGUACCCGUAUCGCUCUUCGGAGCAUCACCGAAUGGGGACACUCUGUAAAACUCCACUUUGGCCCGGCCAAAACGCAGGCCGUUGCAUUUACUGCCCGGGCCAGAAGCGCAAAAAUCGAAAUCGACCAGCAAUCUAUUCCUAUUCGGGAGGAGAUAAAACUCUUGGGAGUCAUAAUUGACUGGCGCCUUAAAUUUAUAAAACAUGCCUCACACAUCGCUCUCAAAGCCUCUAAACUAUUUAACAAGCUAGCUCGAAUUACUCGUCCCACCUGGGGCCCUCACCCUGACAAUAUAGCGACACUAUAUCGACAGGUUAUAGAACCGAUGUUUACGUAUGCUGCUGGUAUCUGGGGCGGUGCCGUUCGAUUUACCACAGUCAAACGUAGGCUUCGCACGGUGCAAAGGCAAUUCGCUAUCCGUGCUAUCCGUGCAUUUCGUACGGUUUCUGCCGCGGCAGCGAUUGCAUUGGCACAAUUCGUGCCACUUCAUCUUAAGGUCUUGGAGUGCACCAAAUUGCACAAAGUUAAGGUAACCGGCACACUGGAUUGCUUACCUGACGAUAUAGAACUGGCAAAACCAGUCAAAACUCGACAGCUACUCCAUCCGGCUGAGAGACGCACCUUUGAGUUUGCGCUGGCUAACAAUGAAGAUGAUAUUAAGCGUUUAACGGCGGGCACACAAUACAUGAUCUAUACGGAUGGUAGCAAGCUGGACUCAGGUGAAGUUGGUGCGGCAGCAAUAAUCUAUCGACCAUCAGGGCAACCUGUCCUAAAAAAGGUGAAACUCUGCCGUACCAACACAGUGUUUACGGCUGAGCUCACUGCCAUCAAAAUCGGUAUUCAGUGGCUUGAAGACACGAAAGUUUCGGAUGCUAGUAUUACCAUACUAUCAGACAGUCGCUCAGCCCUUAUGGCAUUGCAACAGCGCAGCAAUAGGGAGCCGACAGUCAAUAGCAUUCAUAGAGCCAUACACACAUCCUCCAACCACUUUAAUUUCGUCUGGGUCAAGGCUCAUGUGGGAAUUAUCGGGAAUGAGCAAGCAGAUGAAGCCGCCAGAACGGCGGCCACUCUAAAAGUGGCUUCCCAAAAGAAUUCGUUCCCGAUGUCCUACGCUCGUUACUGCAUCAGAAAAGACACAUAUAGUGCUUCCAACAAUGAGUAUGUGGCCGAGACUUCUUCGUCAUUAAUUAGCAGUUGGCUUCCCACACUUGAUAGUAUUGCUGCGUAUAGAAAGGCUGUCCCAAUAUCAUUCGCUAUGACUCAAAUAAUAACCGGGCAUUCUUUUGCAAAGCAAUAUCUACAUCGCUUCCGCAUUACCGAUAACAAUACGUGUCCCUGCGACAACAACUCAAUCCAGACUAUCCAGCACCUGUUGCGUGAUUGUCCUAUAUUCGCUACACAGCGGCACAACCAUGUAAGCCGCUGCGCCAUGCUUAGAGUCGCACCAUACCAGUUAGAUGAUAUCAUCUCCAAGAGUCUGCUGUUGAUUCGUUGCUGUUGCGGCUCUCGCGCUUCUGUAGCGUCUCAGCGAUGUUUGCCGACGCUCGCACAGAUAGUUUUGACGCAGUCUGGCGUAAAAAGACAGCUUCGUUUUUACGUCGAAUACGCGGGAGUAGCAACAGUAUCCUGA